AUGUCAGGAGUUGAGUUGGAAUCUUAUAGUCAGUGUUUGAAGUUCAAGGUUCCUACGGAGACGGGUGAAUACGACGUUCUCCUCCGUAACGACACCUCCACCAUCGAGGUGACAGGAACAACAGAAGUUGAAGUGAAGACAGAAAAUCUCAUCACCCUGGUUCAGACGGAUAAGCCAAUAUACAAGCCUGGCCAGAGAGUGCAGUUCCGUGUUCUAACACUAACGAGGGACCUCAAGACAAGGACUGGCGUGAUUCAGAGCAUCUUCAUUAAAACUCCAAACGACAUAAGAGUCAAACAAUGGCUGAAUGUUCAAUGUCAAGGAGUGUCCAGCUUCAAGUACCCCAUGCCAACCGAGCCAACGUUAGGGGAGUGGACCAUUGAGGUGACCAUUGAAGGAGAGACUACAUCACAGCCGUUCAAGGUGCAAGAGUACGUGUUACCCAGGUUCGACGUUCAGAUCACGCCGCCACCCUACCUGUUGUCCAACGCCUCCUCCAUCGACGUGAAAGUCUGUGCCGAAUACACGUACGGCAAGCCAGUGACGGGCUAUGUCAGUUUGGAGGUGUGUCUCACCAUCUACGAAUCGUCAGAACGGCCGUGUUACAUCGAAACCGUCAAGUUCGAUGGCUGCUACAAGUUCUCUAUCAACACCAGCGAGGUGGAAAUGGCCAACCGUAAAUACUACUUGUAUGGCGCCACACUUCGGAUCAACGCCUCCGUUCGGGAAAUUAAUACAGCUGCGGUUGUCAACAAGACGAGCAUCGGUCCCAGUGUAACCUAUGAUCCGCUUAAGAUCACGCUCGAAGACGACUCAAAUGGUUUCUUUAAACCAAUCUUCCCUUACCAUGGUCGGGCUGUGGUUACGACUCCCGACGGAAAGCCAGCACCUGAUGAGCUGAUCGAAGUAACGUUGGUGGACUACCGUAACGACAUUCGUCUCGCUAACAACUACACCACCGACAGUGACGGCAUCAUCCGCUUUAGUGUGUGUGACAUCAUCACCGAGAAGACACAAGACUUCAGCAUUGAUGCAAAGGCAGUCCUAUACGCGAGCCCGUCCUCCUAUAAUGGUCUGUCUAACGCCCUCUCAAUGACUCGGGCAUACAAGACGGUGAAACAAUGGUACUCUCCCUCGCUAAGCUACAUCGCUAUCCCUCGGCAGAGCCGCACCGUGGCGUGUGGGGGAGAGCUGGAAGUGACCAUCCCGUACACCACCACCCUCAACACAUACACCAAGUUCUACUACCAGGUGAUGUCCCGUGGUCGAAUCCUACAUACUGGACACAAAGUACACCACUUCCUGAAGCACGACUCCACUGAGUUCCUGGAGGUGCCAAUGGCAUCGUGUCUUCAGAAGCUGCCUGACCCGUCCCCGCCCCCAGAGAUUGGACAGGAAGAGGGCGGAGAGGAAGGCGUCCAGAAUGAAGGGGAGGCUAUCGAAAGUGUAGACCCUCCAGCGGAGAUACAGGGUGGUCUCAACCAUCCUCUAGGGGUGCGGAGGAAACGGGCACCUGUUAUCGCUGCAGAGAUGGCUGGUAGUGAUGUGUCUGACGGUGUUGAGGAUGGUGAGAAACCACCCCCCGCGCCGACCGGACCACCACCUCCUCCCCCUCCCCCAUCCCGACACGUGUCCCACUUCACUAUACGGGUGCCGGUGACGGAGGAGAUGUCCCCAGAGGCUAGUCUCCUAGUCUACUAUGUUCGGGAUGACGGGGAGACAGUGGCCGACAGCAUCAACUUCAAAGUCGAAGCGUGCUUUAAGAACAAGGUGAAUCUAGAUUUCCUGGAAAAGAAAGUCAUACCCGGAAUGGAGGCAACUCUUCGGCUACAAGCAGCACCCGGAUCACUCUGCUCAGUAGGAAUGAUUGACAAAAGUAUUAAUAUUCUCGGCGGAGACCACCAGUUGACGCCUGAUAAGAUGUUCGAUAUACUAAGCAAAUAUGGAGCGGAGCACCACUACUACUAUAGGCUGGACAGAGAAUACUGUGAGCGGAAGGUGAACGAUGAAGAACGCACCCCGGAACACGAAAUGUAUUCGGGAUGGUGGCAUUACUCAUCAGGAUACGUGGACGCAAUCGAAGCUUUCAGGCAAAUGGGGAUGGCGGUCGCCACGAACAUGUUGCUGGAGACGCGGCCAUGCUCCAGGGAGUAUCCUGUGUACUACGAUGGAGGUAAGGAGGGGCUGCCAGGGCCCAUUACAAUACAGACCGAACCACUCCCACUCAGCGGAGCACAGAAAAAGAAACCUUCUGGUUCUGUUCUUCGAAGCUACUUCCCCGAGACCUGGCUAUGGGAGCUGGAACAAGUGGGUGACGAAGGAGAGCUGGAACUGAGGAAGACUACCCCUCACACCAUCACCCGCUGGGUCGGCAACACCAUCUGUACCAGCCAGUCAGCGGGUGUUGGGGUGUCUCCACUGACGUCAUUGACAACUUUUCAGCCGUUCUUCUUGAGUAUUCAUCUCCCAUACGCUGCCGUUAGGGGGGAACGACUUCCGCUGCACGUCACUGUCUUCAACUACCUUGAGAAAUGUCUGCAUAUGCAGGUGAAUCUGGAGACGGGCGACGACAUCGCUGUGACAGUGCGGGACCACCUGAAGCUUCCAUUCUGUCUCUGUGGGGGCAAGAGUAAGACACAUAGCUACUACAUCGCUGCGAAGGGAGUUGGAAAACUCCCAAUUGUUGCUAAGGCGGAGAUAGUCCCGGGGACAUGCGACAACAGCAUCGAGCCUGACAUGGAGUACAUAGGCCUGUCUGAUGCUGUCAAGAGAGAGUUGUUUGUCAAGGUGGAGGGAGUGACACAGGAAUACACCAAGAGCGUCUACAUCUGUCCGAAAGAUUCUGAAGUGACGAGGGAAGUGGUGGAACUACCUUUGCCUGAUGACAUAGUGAGGGGCUCCGCCAGAGGUCAUAUCUCUGCGAUUGGUGACAUCAUGGGACCGGCGCUGAGUAACCUUGACAACCUGGUCCAACUUCCCUGCGGAUGUGGAGAACAGACGAUGAUCACCUUCACUCCCAACAUCUACGUCCUCAAGUAUCUGACCUUCACCUCCCAGCUUAGCGAGGAGAUGAAGCUACUCUGUGAGAGAUACAUGGAAACAGGUUACACCCGAGAACUCAACUACAUGCACAGUGACGGCUCCUUCAGUGCAUUCGGGAAGAGCGACCCGUCCGGCAGCACGUGGCUGACGGCGUUCGUCGUCAAGUCGUUCGCUCAGGCCCAGCGCUUUAUUUACAUCGACCAAACGAUCCUGGACUCGAGUGUGUCCUUCCUCAGGUCUACCCAGAUGGAGAACGGGUGUUUCCGGGAGGUGGGCAAAGUGUUCAGCUCCUAUAUGAUGGGCGGGCUGGGGAAGGUGGAGGAUGACACAGCUCUCACAGCCUUCGUCGUGGUGGCAUUGAUGGAGGCCCGCGUCGCCCGAGAUGACCCUGUGUUGAAGACCGCCUUGAGAUGCCUGUCUCUGCAGCCCUUGGACGAGAUGGAUACCUACACACUGACCCUCACUGCCUACGCCCAGACUCUGAAUGACCCCUCCGGCCCGGCAUCGGACGCAGUUAUGACGGAACUCAACGCAAGGGUAAUCUCUGACGGAGUGUUGGCGUACUGGGGACGAGCAGGUUCCGUGCCUGAUGCUGUCAACACUUGGCACUACAGAACAGCGCCGUCAGCAGAAAUCGAGAUGACGUCAUACGGCCUGAUGGCGACGCUGUUGUACUAUGAGGACGAAGCUAUAGCUAGAGGACAACCAACGAGCUUGUGGCUGUCUCAGCAGAGAAACUCCUUGGGGGGAUUCGCCUCGACUCAGGACACCGUCCUUGGCCUUCAAGCUAUGGCCGAGUUCGCCAGCAAGACAUUCACUGGCAACGCCACUGACCUUAGCGUUGCCUUCGACGGCGACAAGAUGAGUAAGACGUAUGACAUCAUCACGGGAGUGAACACACUACUGCUCCAGAAGGCUCCUAUCACGCACCUGCCCAACACACUCACUGUCUCCACUAACGGUACUGGCUGUGCCUUGAUACAGGCUAAUGUGCAGUUCAAUAAACUGCCCAAGAAUCUGGGAAUCCACAAACCUCUGUUUAACCUCGACGUCGCGGUAAGAAGGUCAAGGACGAAGAGGAGUGAUUGUGCCCGACGAUCAAUCAGGAUAUGUGUCAGUUUUAUGGGUAAGACGGACUUCAGCGCCGGGAUGAGCAUGCUGACGGUGAAGAUGGUGACGGCCUGGACACCAGUCCUCAACUCCUUGCUGGAACUUGAGAGCGUUUUCCCUAUUUUGAGUAUGAAGAAAUACGAAAAUGACGUCAAAAAGGGUUUAAUAGCAUUUUAUUUUGAUGAGCUUGAUGUUAGAAAACGCUGUUUCGAAUUCGAACUUGAGCAAGACCGAGACAUAGCCGUGUCGGAUCCUAAACCAGCCGAAAUACAAGCCUUCCAGUAUUACGAAAAAGAUGUAACUUUAGUUAAAUCCUACGAGAUUGACACAACGUGUGGAACCAAGGCAGAAAUCCCCGAUCAAACAACGGUACCAACUCGGAUGGGAGGCUCACCGAACAUUGCGCAGAGUCGAAUACAGAACGUGCUGAACAUGCCCCCACUUCCUUCACAGAAGAUGCAGGAGACAACGGGCUGCCCUGCUUGUCUUAACGAGAAACCAGAAGAUUUCGGUCAAUUAAUAUGUCAGUCAAAAGCAAUUUAUAAAGUUCAAGCGGGUCGAAAUGGUACAGCGUCCAUGAAAAUCAAAGCUGAUCUCAGACCAAGACGAAAGACAAAAAUGGAUGUGUUCGCCAGUUACGCUCUGGGGUCGGAAUGCCAGUGUGAUCUCCUUAACCCUCCAAAUGAAAAGAAAAGGGUGCGCCGUCUGUUGAUUCUGUCUAAACGGGAGAGGUCAUUGGUUCCGAUCGUCAAGCCCGCGAACGUUGGUCACGUGAUUCGCCUCGACUCAAAUUCUAUUAUCAUUAACCUUGACCGGAACCGGAAGGUGGAGAAAGAGACCCGGAAGAAGGCACGAAGUUGCAGUCGCAAAUCGUAGAAACUAAAUCACCCCUGCUUUAAAAAUAACAUUGUUGGUUGAAUGUCUGGUACGUUUGUAUGUCGGAAUCGAGAUGAGACUGAUCCCCAGUGCACAUUGAUGCGUGUAUCUCCCGUGGGUAGUGAAGGGAUGGCUUCCAAACCCAGUCAUCGAACUCGUCACCAUCAUCACUACGCCAAUCCAAAUAACUGAAUGUUGUCAUUGUCCAACAGUACAGGGGCAUUUGUAGCAACUAUACUCAGAAACAUAUACGUGAAAAAUUCCAAUGUACAGUUUAAAUGGACAGAUAAAGUUUAUAUUUUUCCUAUAAUGUAAGACUGGAAUGUUUUGUGUCAUUUCUUGUGUGAUAUCUUAGGUAUUCAUUGAAAUCAGAACAUUUCAUUAUUCACGAAUUGACUUUCAGUUCCAUGGUUCUUCUAAACGAAAGAUAAAUAACUGUUAGACUGAAUCUGCUUUAGAAAAUAAAUCUUUUCCUGUGCCAGUGUAAAAGAUCUUACAAAAAUGUAAUCCUACCAUAUUUGGAAUUUUGGGCAUUGUUGAGAAUCUUGGUGUCAUCCAAUAUUACCAAUAUACACAUUAAUUGUGCAUUGGAUGUAGAGAAGACAUUGUUGACAUGACAGAAAUUACAGUUUGUGUUAUAAUUUGAAUUUGACAUUCACGCACCUAUUCAAAAAUACCAUUCCAUUUCAUCUACCACUUCCUUGUACAUAGAUUGUUGUCUUGUAGUUGGUGUAGUUAAGUGGCCAGUAUUUGAACUGUUCUUGUUGUUUGGUGUUACAUGUAUCUUAUAUUCAUGGUGAAAGUUAUGUGACUAUGAUGCAUGUACAUAAUAUAUUACAUAUAUACAACAUAUACUGGUGCCAAGCUUGCAUUGUUCACCAAGCAUACAUCGAGUUAUUUGUACUUUUCUAUUAUUUAGUUGCACUUUGUAGGUCUAGCUUAAAUCUGAAUUCAGGUUGAAAAGUUGGAGAUACGAUGGUAACCUUAAGUCAGCAAUAAGUGUACUCAUUUACAGUAAGGAAAAUCACUCUGAAUGUCUUUUGAUGAAAAAGCGCUAUAUUUGUCAUAGCUGAUCACUCACUGUUUCAAGACUUUGAAUAAAUGAGUAAGGCAUUUAAUUGGCCUGAAAAUGAUAUAUCAAAGAAUACAUUUUAAGACCCAUUUCACGUGGUGCAGGUGACCUUUCUCUUUGAAACAUGGAAGACACUGUGCUGAAUCACAGAUACUUUUCUUAUUCUUGGCAUUUUGCUGGACAGAGGUGAUCAGGUUUGAUGCAAAGAUAAUACCAUACACAUACCUGGUUGUUUAUUACCAUCACAGUGUCUAGGUACAUGAAAUAAACAAAUAUUAUUCCA